UCACACAUGAAUCAAGGUUGUGACUUCUCUUUUAAUAUAUAAGAUAUUUCACAUUAUUUUAAAAAACAUUAAUUUGAAAAAUAUUUUACGAUAAAAUAUUCCACAUAAUUUUAAAUAUUUUAGAUUAUAUCAUAUUUGGUUAGUUAAGAUUUUAUAUUAUGAUUUUGUAAUAGAACAUUUAAUUUUCUACAAUGAAAUAAUUUUAUAAGAGAAAUAUUCGUGUUUCAAAUAUUCUAUUAACGAUUUUAAUUGAAAAAAUGGCAUUAUUUUUUAUAUGUGAUAGUAUAUAUAUGAAAAUAAUCUCGUUGUUUAUUUUAGGUUUUCUAAUAUUUAAUUAUUUAUCUACUAUAUGUUUAGUCACGAAUAUAAAUUGUAUACAAAAGAUUGAAUUCUUUUUAUUUAAUUUGAUAGCAAUAUUUUGUGGAGUUAAUUUUAAGAUUUAGACAUUUUCUGUUUAAAAUAGACUUAGGACAUCUAAUCUAUUAAAAGAGGAGUAUAAAAUAAAAAUACACUUUCACUAAAUCUAUUAAAACUUUUUUUUAUUUCCUUUUAUGAAUGUUGUUUCCUAAAUUUAUGUCUUCUUAAUUGCCCACAACGAUUUGAACAAAAACGUGGGGCCUUUUCUCUUUUUCAUAAUUAGUUUUAGGGCAUUUACGUAUAAAUAAGGUUAUAUUGUGAAUAUGUCAAUGUAUCCCGGAGAUUAUUCCUGGUCUAUUGGUUAGCGCCCGUUUACUAGUCUCAUUUAACCCAGGUUCAAGGGACAUUGUGGCAUUUUUCUGUUUUUUUUUUGUGCUAGAUUAAAUAAAAUAGGAAAGACAAAAGUGACCCCAUCUUCAACCUAGGACUCUGCAAUUUUUAGCUGCCGUUUUCUUUUUUCUUUUUUUGCGAUUUCAUAGUUUUUUCUUGUUAAUACUGUGGAUUGUUACACAAAUUAAGCAGAUCUAUAACCUAGCAUGUGAUUUCGAACAACAAAUCUACAGAACAAUGGACAUUUUAUUUUUAUUUUUCCAUAAACAACCGAAUCAGAGCAAAACGCCACGGUGUAUCACCGUUUCACGCGUUUCCGAUGACUACAGACGCGUUUUUGAACACUGCACAUGUUUUAUUUCUUAAUAAAAUGUUACUUUUAUUAUUUUUUCGUUUUAGUUAAAUUUUAAUUGUAUUUUAAAGUUAAUUAGGAAAGACUAAAGUGGGUUUUCAUUAAUGUUUAUACUAUAGAAACAAUAAUUUCGGUUUUAACUCUAGGGGGACAAGACUAUAGUUACUUUGUUCUUUUUUUUCAAAAUUUCCCUUUUGUAAAUAUAUGUCGAUUGAUUAUUUACAUAUCUUUUACGAUUAAGUUUGAAACAGAAUUAGGACAUACAUUUAUUAAUCGUAAAAGACAAAGGAAACUUAAAAAUAUGUUUAUUAAAUAUAUCAGUGGUAUUGGAAUGUAAAUAACUUACAAAAAUAAAAAAUAUUUUUAUUUUGUACUUUUUUUUUAAUAGAUUAAAUUUUUUAUUUUGUACUUUUCUUUUAAUAGAUUAGAUGAACUAUUCAACUGUUUGUCAGAAAGAAAUAAACAUGAAAACCUAAAAUCAUUUACCUAUAAUGCAAAAGGAAAAUCCUAAGAUGUAGAUUAAGACUAUGCUUUUCGAAGUUGAAAUUGUGAGAAUUCCAGACAUUUGGUCAGUAAUCUUCUUCAUUAUCUAGAUUCAGUCUUCCAAUACUUAGUUUUAAAAUAACACUUCAUGAUAGUUUAAUUACUUAUCCAGUUAGGAUAUAGCCUAGUUACUUGUAUUACUAUUAUCGUUGUCAGUCCUGAAUUAAAUUCGUAUAUGUUAACAAAAACUAUAUAUAUGUAUAUACUCUAUAAUCUUUAUGUCUAGCUACGGAAAUGAGUUAUCUUUUUGUUUAAUAUUGUAUUCUGUAUGUUUUCUUCGUAAAACAAAAAUUUACUUACAACUUUUUUUAUACAUACUCUCCAAUUUAUCGAUGAGAAUUCGACCAAAAAAAACACUGAAAUUUACGAAAAUUGCUAAAAAAACCUGGACAUAUGAGCUAGCUAAUAAAAUCCUGAACUUUUGUUGACUUUUUUUGUUUAUUAAGAAAUUUGUGAUUGACUGACCAGAUUAACACACCGUUAACCGAGUUAACAGAUAAUUAAGCGGACAUUAAUUUUGGAUGUUAAAGUAUACGACGUCGUUUCAUCUCUUUGUCUGAUUAAAGACAAACAACGUCGUUUAUAUAGCCUUGUUAUUAAAAAACUGGGUUUCUAACGGCUCGAACUCGUGUAUUCGGGUUUAAUGGUAAGGGUUUUUACCACUAAACUAGUGGAUUUUGCAAUAAAUUUACGAACACAGUUUAUUUUAUUCUCUUGGAAUCCGACUUAAAGACAAAUGAAUGAAACGACGCGUUUUAUAUAGCUUUUUUAUUAAAAAGAUGGGCUUCCAUCGACUCGAACUCGUGCACUCGGGUUUAAUGGUAGGAUUUUUGCCACUGAGCUAGUGGACUUUGCAAUAGAUUUAAGAACACAGUUUCUUUUAUUUUCUUUGAAUCCAAGUUAAAUGAAUCAAAAAGAAACGACGGCGUUUUCUCCUUCGAUUGGUAUAAACCCUAAAUUCCCAAAAUCAUAAAUCCAGUUUGCGAUUCAAGCUCGAUUCUCUUUGAUCUCGUCCUUAAGAAUCUCGAUUCUCACUUUUCCUUCUUCGAGUAUCGCAUGAUGAGUUCGGGUUUUGAGGAUUCGUCUGUGAAUACGAUGGGAAUUCGUGGUAUCCCGGAGCAAUGCGGCUGUGGUCGAAGAACUGGGAUAUACACAUCAAAAACGAAGGUCAAUCCAGGAAGAACUUUCUUUAGAUGCCCAACGUUUCAAAAUGAUCACUUGUAUAAAUGGGUAGAUGAAGCUGUCUACGAAGAGGUUCAAGAUGCAUUGCCAAAAGUUGAGUGCUUUGCAUCAGAUGUUAUGAAAAUUAAAAUGGAGAUCGAACGCAUGAAAACCGUGGAGGAAGAGUUGAAAGAUGAUGUCAGGAAGGCGAGCAAUGAACUUAAGAAGCUGAAUGUGAUCAUGAAAGUGGGUUUUCUGGUGGUUUAUUUAGGCGUUGUAAUAUGUCUUGUGUUGAUCAUGUUUGACAAAGCAGAUGGGUUGUCUUUGAAUAGCUACUAGGAGACUCUGUUUAUGUAAUGGUAAUGGUUUCAGUAAGGUUUAUGUAAGGCUAUGUUUAUAUAAGACUCAUGGUUCAUGUAAGGAUAUGUUUUAAGACUAUGUUUCAGUAAGGUUUAUGUUUUACUUCUUGAUUGUUUAUAGAAGGACAAAUGAACACACCAAUGAACAGACCAUCAAGAUAAACAACAUGAUGAAAACACAAAGAUAAUAACCAACAGUAUCUUCAUUGAGAGUUUCAAAUUAAAACAGCAGGAAGAGAAAAAAAAA